CGGCGUUGAUCCUUCCCUGCGCAUGCUCAGUGUGCAGAGAAGGUCAGCGGGACGGCCGGGGAUGUGGUACGAGAUCCUCCCCGGGCUCGGCCUCAUGGCUGUCUGCCUGAGUAUCCCCGGGCUGUCCACCCUCUACAUUCACCGGUGGACGAACGGUGGCAAGGAAAAAAGGACCGCUCGUUUACCUUAUCAAUGGACUCUGUUAGAAAGGGACAGAAGAGUAUCUGAUGGCAAAUCCUACUUCAAAUCAAAGGGAUUAGAAAAUAUCGACUGAUGGGGUUUUCAUCUUGAUCAACAAAUUCGUGGACCUGCAAGAGGAGCAUUACUAAAAUGUUAACUUUAAUCCUUGUUUCAUAAUAUAAACUAUAUAAUUUACCACAAAAUGGAAGUUACAAACAUGAACUGGAUAUGUAGUUUGCGUUUUCUAUUGCAGAUAAGUUUGGAACAUGGCAAGUGGGGAGGAAGAAAUGAGCGAGUUAGAACGGGAAAAUGCUGAUAGGGGCUAUUGGUAUAUUCACUUAAAGGUUUCUACAUACCUUGUCAGUUUGAAUUCUCCUUUGGAGCAUUGAAAACAUUGCAAAUUGUAUAGGCACAUUGUCAAAGAGAAAUUAAGCCCAGUAAGAGUGAACACAGAAUAGUGAACCCUUGUACACUUACAUGGAGAAAUUUCAGAAAACAACUGCAAACCAUACAAUGAUAUAUUUCUAUGUCUAUCAUGCAAUUACUACAAAAUAAAAUGAUCAUAAUUUA